UCUGCCAGUCUCCUGUGUCCCAUCUCCCUGUACCUUAAAGGAAAAAUGCUGCUGUCUGUCCCUCCAAGGGCAGGGAUCGCCUCUUUCAGCUACACCAGGAGCCAUAAGAAGCAGACCUAUGUUUCCUCAUCACAGCACAUGGCUCCUCCCAGCCCCAGUAACAGCAGUGGUGGUGGAGAAGGAGGAGGUGGCGGAGGUGGAGAACAGCUGAGCAAAACCAAUCUGUAUAUCAGAGGUCUUCCUCCCAGCACCACGGACCAAGACCUGGUGAAACUCUGCCAGCCAUAUGGAAAAAUUGUAUCUACAAAGGCCAUAUUGGAUAAAACAACCAAUAAGUGUAAAGGAUAUGGCUUUGUGGAUUUCGAUAGCCCCGGAGCUGCUCAGAAAGCAGUAGGUGCUUUGAAAGCCAGUGGGGUGCAAGCCCAAAUGGCAAAGCAACAGGAACAAGACCCCACCAACCUGUACAUCUCUAACUUGCCAGUCAGCAUGGAUGAGCAGGAACUGGAGUCGCUGCUGAAACCUUUUGGACAGGUCAUAUCCACUCGUAUCCUGCGCGAUGCUAGCGGGACCAGUCGAGGUGUUGGUUUUGCAAGAAUGGAAUCUACGGAGAAAUGUGAAGCUGUGAUUUCUCAUUUCAAUGGCAAAUACAUGAAAACGCCCCCUGGUGUCCCAGCACCACAAGAACCCCUCCUUUGUAAGUUUGCGGAUGGAGGACAAAAAAAAAGACAAACCCAGGGGAAAUACAUUCAAAACGGACGUGGCUGGCCACGAGAGGGAGAUACGGGUGGAAUGACAUUGACAUAUGAUCCUACAACUGCCCUGCAGAAUGGGUUUUAUACCACCCCAUACAGUAUUGCCCCAAACAGGGUAAUCGCUCAGGCAGCCCUCUCCCCAUACCUGCAAUCACCUGUAUCUUCUUAUCAGGUUCAUAAUCCCUCCUGGAUGCAUCAUCAGUCUUACCUCAUGCAGCCUGCAGGAACUGUCCUCACUCCCACUAUGGACCAUGCUAUUUCCAUUCAGCCUGCUUCCAUGAUGGGACAUCUGACUCAACAGCUGGGACACCUGUCACUGGGGAGCACGGGAGCGUAUAUGCCAGCUGCUAUGCAGGGGGCCUACAUCCCCCAGUACUCGUCCGUGCCUUCUACUGUCUCCCUAGAGGAGAGCAGCGGGCAGCCUCAACAAGUUGCCGUGGAACCCACCACAGACCACGCCGCUUAUUCGUACCAGUGAAAGAAAGUGUAGGUUCACAUGUGGGAAUGAGUCAGCGUAGGAAGUGACCAGAUGGAGAGCUGCAGGGCUGAACAUGAGGCUUUACUGAAAAACGGGGAAAAUUGAAGAGGAAAAUUAAAAAAAACACACACACACAUUGGGGGUGGGGAUGAAUGAAGAAAAAAAUAUUUUUCUUUCUUUCUUUUGCAAAGAAGCAUUUUUACUGCAAUAAACUUUAAACUUCCAAGGAACCAAAGCAGCUAGAAAAAAAGAGAACUCAAGAAAUGUUGUGAAACCAGAACAGACUUUCAAAUCUCAACUGAGACUUAAAAGGAAGAAAAA